AGAGAGAGAGAUUGCUGGGAAAAGAGGGACAUCUGGAAUUUUAACAGCGAACUCGUCUGGAGGAAUAAAUGAACAUGAGCGACCAGGUAGCUGAUUUUUCUGGAACCUGGAGAAUGAAAAGCUCAGAAAACUUCGAGGAGCUGCUUAAAGCGCUUGGUGUAAAUGUCUUUUUGAGGAAAAUCGCAGUAGCAGCAGCAUCCAGGCCCUCGGUUGAGAUCAAGCAGCAGGGAGAGACUCUGUCGAUACAGACAUCCACCAGUGUUCGCACUACUCAUGUGUCCUUCACCGUGGGCCAGAUCUUCAACGAGACCACUGUAGAUGGACGACCGUGCACGAGUUUUCCGAAAUGGGACACUGACAGAAAGAUCAGCUGUGAGCAGACACUGCUGAAAGGCGAGGGACCUCAGACAUCCUGGUCUCGUGAGCUGACAGAUAACGGGGAGCUCAUACUAACUAUGAGUGCUGGAGAUGUUGUGUGUACCCGUGUCUAUGAGCGAGAAUGAGGGCUCUCACAUUUUUGGUCUCCUACAGAACUUCAGUUAAUCAUUUAUACUGUGGUACAAGUGUUCAUCUUUAAUGUUUGCUAUCUACUAUCGACUGCUAUCAGUCUUUUGAUAUGUCCUUAUUCAUUACUGUAUGUACAGCACCGUGAAAAAGUAUUUCUUCUAUGUUUGCAUAUUUGUCACACUUAAUUGUUUCAGAUCCUCAUCUAAACAGAAUCUUUCCAGCAGUGUGAAGUAGGCUGAAAGGUCUCAACAAGCACAUUACAUGGCAAUCAAAAGAAAUUCCAGAAGAGAUGAGAAAGAAAGUUAUUGAAAUAUAUCAGCCUGGAGAGGGUUACAUUUCUAAGGCUCGGGGACUCCACACUGAGAGCCAUUAUCUCCAAAUGAAGAAAACUGAGAACAGUAGUGAAUCUUCCCAGAAGUGGCUGAUCUACUAAAAUUCCUCCAAGAGCACAUCAAUGACUCAUCAAGAAAGUCACAAAAGACCCCAGAUGAACAUCUAAAGAACUGCAGGCCUCGCUCUGCUCAGAUAAGGUCCGCAUUCAUGAUUCCAUCAAUAGAAAGAGAUAGCAAGCAAAAAUUCUAUCCGUGGGAGAGUUGCAAGGCAAAAACCACUACUAACCAAGAGGAGCAUAAAGGGUGAUCCCAAGCCUUUUGCGAUAAUGUUAAAGUGAACUUUUUGGAAGACAUGGGUCCCGUUACACCUGGCCUAAAGAUAACACAACAUUCCACAAUAAGAACAUCAUACCAACAGUGAAACAUGGUGGUGGUAGUGUAAUAGUGUGGGGAUACUUUGCUGCUUCAGGGCUUGGGAGUCUUGUCAUAAUUGAUUGAUAAUUGAUAGAACCAUGAAUUCUGCUCUCUACAAAAAAAAUCCUGAAGGAAAAUAUCUGCUCACCAGUCUGUGAUCUGAAGCUCAAGCACAUUUGGGUUAUGCAGCAAGACAGCAAUUAUAAACAUAUAAAAGCAAGUCCUCCUCUGAAUGGCUCAAAAGAAACAAAAUGUAGGUUAUGGAGUGGCCUAGUCAAAGUCCUGAACUCCACUGAGAUGCUGUAUCAGGACCUUAAACAGGCAGUUCGUGCCUGAAAGCCCUGAAUUAAAGCAAUUCUGCGAAGAAGAGUAGGCCAAAAUUCCUCCACAGCGAUGUGAAAGACUCAUCUCCAGUUAUCAGAAGCAUUUGGUUGGAGUUGUUGCUGCUAAAGAUGACACAACCAGUUAUUAAAUUUAGGGUGCAAUUACUUUUUCAGUUGGGUGAUAUAGGUGCUGCAUAACUUUCCUUUAAAACUGUGGUUUGUGUUUCCUCAUGUUCUUCUUGUCUUAUAUUAUUAUAUAACAUUUUGUAUGAGGAUCUGAAGCCAUUCAGUUUGACAAAUAUGCAGAAAUAGAGAAAGAACUGUAUGUGAGAGAAAGUAUAUGUGUGAGAUGAAAGCAUGUGUGUGUGUGAGAGAGUGAGUGUGUGUGUGUGCGCCCAGUAUUUUGGCCAGUUCAUGACAGAAAAUCUGUAUUUCUUACUGUCUUAUGAUCAAUAAAAACGUUAUUUCAAAUAUA